GAACAGGGCCCAUCAAACAUUUGAUCAUUCGGGGAAAGCAAAUUCCGCUUCCCCGCUCCAAAUUCCAAUCCUUAAGCCCAGCCAAACAUCCCAAAGGCAAAAGUCCCCACAACAUUACCCUCACCAAUUCAAUAUUACUAGGAAAAGACACAUCCAGCUUGUAACAACUAAGCCAGAUUAAGGCCAACCCUCAAAAAUAAAAACCCAAAUGGCCCAUCUCCCUUCCCUGCAUCCAUAUUCUUGCCAAGUAAUCAGAUAUGGCACUUUUGCUGCAGAGAAUACCACUGUUUCUACCUCCCCUACUCUUCUUUUGCCUUGUGGUGGAUGCUUCGUCCGGCAGUAAGCGUUACACCCCUCCGCCUGUGCCGCGUUUAACCGAUCGUUUUAGUCGUGUCCCAGUUGAUCAGGGAUUUUCUGAGUUCUUUGGAGGCUCACAUAUCAAGUUGAUGAACAAUGGGUCGUAUGCAAAUCUCAUUCUUGACAAAAUCUCUGGAUCUGGAUUGGUCUCGAAGAACAAAUAUAACUAUGGGUUUUUCAGUGCUGCAGUAAAGCUGCCCCCUGGUUUCACUUCUGGUGUUGUUGUGGCCUUCUAUAUGUCAAAUGCAGAUGUGUUCCCACAUGCACACGAUGAGAUCGACAUCGAGUUGCUGGGCCGAGAGAAGAGGACAGACUGGGUCCUGCAGACAAAUAUCUACAGCAAUGGAGAUGUCAAGAUAGGCAGAGAAGAAAAGUUCUACCUCUGGUUCGACCCGACCGAACAGUUCCAUCAUUACAGCAUCAUCUGGAACAGCCAUCACGUAGUGUUUCUGGUAGAUAAUAUACCAGUGAGGGAGGUUCUGCACAAUGAAGCCAUCUCUUCUGCUUAUCCCACGAAACCAAUGUCGGUUUACGCGACUAUAUGGGAUGGAUCAGAGUGGGCGACCCACGGGGGAAAGUACCCAGUUGAUUACAAGCAUGCACCCUUUGUGUCAUCCUUUGGGGAGAUGGAAAUAGAUGGCUGCAUAGUAUUGAAUAAUGAUAACAAGACACAGCCAUGUUCUAACAACAGGGGUUUUUCCAGCUUUGAUCCAACUGAGGGUGAAGAGUUCGCAAGGCUGUCGAAGCAACAAGCAAUGGGAUUGCAGUGGGCUAGAAACAAGCUCAUGUUUUACUCGUACUGUAAAGACAUACACAGGUUCAAGGUCCUCCCACCAGAGUGUAGUGCAAAUUAGUGAUCUAGUGAACAUCAUCUGUCUUCUUAAUUAUUAAUUAAUUAUUUAAUUAUUUAAUUAUAUACAUCUUGAGAUGAAUAAGAGCGAUGGGAUGAAA